AUGGUCUUCCUCUUGCCUGGCCUGCUUGACAACUGUGAGAGAAUGGUCCUGUUUGGAGGACUUUGGGCAGCAUGGUAUUUGAGUAUGACAUCUCGUCAGGUCAAGGAGGUUUUGUGGCCAAUAUCUCUGACAUUGAAGCACGACAUGGCAAGAAGACUUAUUGUCAUCGGCGGCCAUGGUGGUCGAGGGGAGGGUCAGCGGCCGUACUCAAGCGCAGAGGUUUGGGAUGCAAGAUGCCAGUCCUGGAAUGCCUCAGCGGGGCCAUCACUUGCCCGUAUGCACGGAGUGGCUGUUGCUGUAAAUCACUACCUGUAUGUGCUGGGCGGAAGAACCAGUGACAGCCACACUACCACCAGUGUCGAGAGGCUCGACUUCUACCGUGGCUUAGCAUGGGAGUGUGCUCCAUCGAUGACAAAUGCCCGCUACAGCACGGCAGCCUUGUGCCUAUCAGGCAUGCUCUACAUGCUUGGAGGCUUCGACGGGGUUGAUGCCCUGGAUUCCUGUGAAGCAUUGAGGCAUGCGGACUAUUACCUCAAUUCGGACUCCUGGCAAGCUCUUGAACCUUUGCCUUUCCCACGAGGCAAGCAUGUAGCGGUUGCCAUAGCCGGCAGUUUGUACCUUGUGGGUGGCAUGGAUAGUGGUUACCGAAGCCUGAACCUUGCGAGCAAAGCUUCUUCCCUGCACGGCAACCUUUCAGAAUGGGCCGCGCUGCCACCGAUGCAGAACGCCAGAAGCGGCUGCGCCGCUGCUGCGGUCCGUGGAGCUAUUGUUGUGGUCGGUGGUGUCGCAAAUGGAUGGACAACUUUGUCCAGUGUAGAGCGAUUCCAUCCGGAAAUCGGGUAUUGGGAGAUGAUGGCGCCCAUGAGCAUCAUCCGCCGAGAGUCUGCGGCCGUCUGCAUAGCCGACGAACUCUGGGUACUUGGAGGUGCCUCUUACGGUGGGCGGAGCUCUGGGCAAGUAGAGAUCCUGCGUGAAGCAUCUUCUUGGAGACCAGGUACCUCCCAUACACCUCGCUCAGGCUGUGCCGCUGCCCUUCUGCGAGGUUGA